GUACAGGGUAGAGAGGAGGUGCUUUGGGCGACGUGGGGGGGAAAUUGCUGAUCUCUCACUACGCAGGUUUGACUUUUCCAGACACCGACCAACAUUGUCAUUGACAGUAAAAAAAUUUUUAAAAAGGUGGAUGGCAGCAACUGCAUAGCUGUCUACGUUUUAAAUCUAGUGAAUUAUAUUUUACCAGCUAGUAGAUGAAUACACGUCGGUUGCUGUGAGCAGUCAAACGUUUUAGUACAAAGCCAGCCAACUACUUUUGCAAAGUCAGUACAGCUAACGUUGGCUAGCUUGCGUCAUUUUGGUGAGACAGUUUGCUAGCUACCUAACGAGUAAAAUUAGUAUUUUAGCUAAACACAAUUCUAGUAUUACUCAAAGGUCCGCGCUUACUAAGUCGCUAGUUUUUGGUUCAGCUAACAGUUCGCUAGUUGGUGUAGUGACUGAUUUACCGGCAAAAUGUCUUUGAAAUUAUUAAUAAUCGAUCCCUAGCGAACUUCAAAGCCAGGUAAGGUAUGUUUGCGUGCCGUGUCCAUGUCGUUUGACCACUUUUUCAAUAGCUAAAGAGGUAGCUAACUAGUGUGCUCAGUUUGAACUAAUAUAUUCAGUUUGACCUGAUGUCAUUUUAUAAUUCAGUUGCUGUAGCGAGUCUGCAAAACAUUGCAUCAUUAUGUUGACGUGCGUAUGUAAUUGGUAUAGCUAUUCACCCCCUUACUGUAGUUGGGGCUGUAAACAAACAGCGACAAGACGGCAAGAGAAGGGAAGGAGGCGCUCGAAUCGCUCCUUCAGGAUUCAUCCACUGUAUCAUCAAAAAUGGAGUUGGCACUGCAGCAGCGGAGAGAGGUGAAAGAGGGAGACAUGCAACAGAAACAGGAUUCUCAAGGAGGCAAACCCUCAAGCAUCCUGGGAAAGGCGCAUCCAGCUCUCAAGGCCUUCAUGUGUGGCUCCCUCAGCGGUACCUGCUCCACGCUGCUCUUCCAGCCUCUGGACCUGGUCAAGACGCGCCUGCAGACCCUGCAGAACACCAUGAAGCCUGGAGCUCCUAAGGUGGGGAUGAUGACGGUGCUUAUCCAGGUCAUUCGGACAGAGAGCUUCCUGGGCCUGUGGAAGGGAGUGUCACCGUCUUUUGUGCGCUGUAUCCCAGGCGUAGGGAUCUACUUCUCAACCUUCUACUCACUGAAGCAGCACUACUUCCAGGAGGGCCGGGCCCCUAAUGCUGGGGAGGCUGUGCUGCUGGGGGCCGGGGCCAGGGCCGUGGCUGGGGUCUGCAUGCUGCCUGUCACCGUCAUCAAGACACGCUUCGAGAGCGGACGGUACAACUACGUGAGCGUCCUGGGAGCUCUGAAGAGCGUGUGUGAGACGGAGGGACCCAGGGCUCUGUUCUCCGGGCUGACGGCCACAAUGCUCCGAGACGCCCCCUUCUCUGGCAUCUACGUCAUGUUCUACAGCCAGGCCAAGAGGUCCCUGCCACCGGAGGUGAGCUCAUCGCCCUAUGCCCCAUUAGGGAACUUUGGCUGUGGGGUGAUGGCCGGAGUACUAGCCUCUGUGGUCACCCAGCCAGCUGACGUGGUCAAGACUCACAUCCAGGUUAGCCCUGCCCACUGGACCACCAAGGACGCCAUUCGCUACAUCUAUACGGAGCAUGGUCUGAGGGGUUUCUUCCGUGGGGCUGUGCCACGCUCUCUGAGGAGGACUCUGAUGGCAGCCAUGGCCUGGACCGUCUACGAACAGCUGAUGGCCCGCAUGGGACUCAAGUCCUGAGGAGAGGAGACAGGGAGGAACUGAUAAAGGAGGAAUAUGGGGACUUGUUUUUAUACAAAGCAGCAGUAUGAAGUAGAAGAAAGAGAGGAGGAUGAGAAGGAGUGAAGGAGGAGGGAGAGAGGAGUUGUAGGGACUGUUUAUCACUGCAACUAGCUUGGGAAAGAAAGAGGUGGGUGUCUGUGGCAUGGAAGAGUGUGUGUGUGUGUUUUACAUGUUGAUGUUUAUGAGAGUUAUUGUGAAUGGUUGAUGUUUAUGAGAGUUAUUGUGAAUGUUUGAUUUAUGUCCUUACAUUGUCAAACCUGACCUUAAAUGACAUCCCCUUUUGCUGAGAACUGAACUGAUCCCUCUGACUGGGGAGACCAUAGAGAACUAUCUAUUUCUAUGGGGGAGACCAUAGGGAUGUAUUUAAUAUAUUUCUAUGGGGGAGACCCUCUCCGACUGGGGAGACCAUAGAGAAUGAUCUAUUUCUAUGGGGGAGACCCUCAGACUGGGGAGACCAUAGAGAAUGAUCUAUUUCUAUGGGGGAGAACCUCAGACUGGGGAGACCAUAGAUAAUUAUCUAUUUAUAUUGGGGAGACCCUCUCAGACUAGGGAGACCAUAGAGAAUGAUCUAAUUAUAUUUCUAUGAGGGAGACUCUGCCUGGGGAGACUAUAGAGAAUGAUCUAAUUAUAUGGGGGAGACCCUUAGACUGGGGAGACCAUGGAGAAUGAUAUAUUUCUAUGGGGGAGAACCUCAGACUGGGGAGACCAUAGAUAAUUAUCUAUUUAUAUUGGGGAGACCCUCUCCGACUGGGGAGACCAUAGAGAAUGAUCUAUUUCUAUGGGGGAGACCCUCAGACUGGGGAGACCAUGGAGAAUGAUAUAUUUCUAUGGGGGAGAACCUCAGACUGGGGAGACCAUAGAUAAUUAUCUAUUUAUAUUGGGGAGACCCUCUCAGACUGGGGAGACCAUAGAGAAUUAUCUAAUUAUAUUUCUAUGAGGGAGACCAUAGAGAAUGAUAUAAUUAUAUUUCUAUGGGGGAGACCCUCAGACUAUGACCACUGUGGUUUAGCUCUGGAUACCACUCCAGUGACAGAGACUGUCGCCGACUGUCACCCACUACCACUGUCUAUGACUAUGAAUGACUGGGACUAACAUCUAGGUGUCUCUAACACUCCCAAGAUGAAACAGCAGCUUUGAUUGAAUUAGCUCAGCAAGAGGUUAUCCGCUGGCUAAAAGUGUAGUGGACUGGACAAAGCUACCCAGUGCCAUAACCACGCAACAUAUUUACAAAUGACCGGCAGAAUACAUUAUAACAGCACAGUGAUUAUUGUGACCUGUCGACUGACUGAAGGAAGUACUAUAUUUAUUGAUUGACUAAAAUAUUUCUUACUAGCUUGGACAAUCAAGACAAUAUUGCUGUGCAUUGUAGCAAAAGACUAGGCUGAUAUUUUCUAUACUGCAACUGCACAAUUAGCUACUAGCAACUUGGCAUUGGCAUACUUAGCCAUAUUAAAAUAGUGUACAGCAGGUGUUCUCUAUACCCAAUUCAACUGGGAUCUAAUUUCUAGUGCAUUCCAUUCUGGUUGCAGUGUUGUAGACCGGAUGUGCUUUAUCUAACCAGUAAUAAUAGUCAAUCCCAGAGUCAUAGAUGGAUAAUUGGCUCUAGUCAAUGCCAUUGGAACCCAGACAAUGCAACUCUGGCCCCCAUUGUGCUGUAGCAUUGUGAGACAAUAGUCAACAUCACGAUCAUGAACAUGCAGCUUCAGCAUCACUGUAUUACAUGGGCCGGAUUCAGUAGUCACAAAAAGAAAGCAAACUGGAGGGACUAGCUUAUCUUGUCCUAUAUGACAUGUAAAAUGUUUUUGUUUUUCAAUGCAAAACAUUUUGCUACGGUGUGCACUAAUGUACACUACCCAGCUAAAUAUAGGAAUCCAUAUCAGUGAUGCACAGCCAUGGUCCUGGAUGGUCUCUUAUUAGUUUUGUAAAUGAAUAGGCCCAUGUAUUCAGCAUUUUGAGUAGUUCAUUUUUGGAAGCCCAUACACGUGUAUAUUUUUUAACCCACAGUGUCCAGUGUGCCAUGUCAUGGGUAUUAUUUUUUGAACAUGUCAGUUUUAAAGAGAUGUGUUAUAUUUAAUAGUAUUGUUAGAGAUUCAAAAUAUACACUAAGUGAGCACUACUCAGUAUUAGGAGGGUGUUCUUAAUGUUUGGAAUACUCAGUCUAUAGAGCCUGAAGCUUUGAGGACCAGAGAUGGCUGAGAGAAACUGAUUUAAAUCCAGUACCAUCACUACAAUCACUGUUUGCCAACUGUUUUUGCGUUUUACACGGACAAAACAGCUUCAAUAUACACUGUGGCCAGUUUAUUAGGUACAUCCAUCUAGUACCGGGUCGAACCCCCUUUGCUUCCAGAACAACCUGAAUUCUUUGAGGCGUGGAAACGUUGCUCAAUUGCUAUCAAGGGACCUAACGUGCGCCAGGAAAACUACCCACACCGUGACAGCACCGCCACCAGCCUGGAUGGUGCAAUGGACUCCUGCUGUUUAUGCCAAAUCCUGACUCUGCCAUCAGUAUGAAGCAACAGGAACCUGGAUUUGUCUGACCAGGCAAUGUUUUUCCACUCCUCAGUUGUCCAGUGUUGGAGAUCACGUGUCCACUGGAAGCGCUUGUUUAUAACUUAUAGGACCGGACCCCGGUGUGGUUGUCUGUUGCAAUAGGCCAUCCUAGACUAGGAUAGAUGAGUUGCGCAUCUCGAAAUGCCGUUCCUCCCCAUUAUUUGCCUGUUUGUGGCCCUCCUGUUAGCUUGCACAAUUCUUGCCAUUCUCCUUCGACCUCUCAUUAACAAGCUGUUUUCACCCACAGGACGGCCGCUUACUGGAUGUUUUUUGUUUGUCGCACCAUUCUCCGUAAACCCUAGACACUGUCGUGAGUAAAAAGCCCAGGAGGCCGACCGUUUCCAAGAUACUGGAACCGGCACGCCUGGCAGCAACAAUCAUACCACACUCAAAGUUGCGUAGGUUACUCAUUUUUCUCAUUCUAACGUUCAAUCGACUGGUAACUAAAUGCCUUGAUGCUGCUUUUUAUAGCAAGCCACGGCCACGUGACUCACUGUUUGUAGGAGCGAACCAUUUUUGUGAACGGACCUAAUAAACAGGCCGCUGAGUAGUUUGAGUCAUUGAGAGGGGAAACACUGAGUUAACCCUAGCUCAAUGCCAGUCAGUGACUGCACUUUAGAAUUCAACUUUAGAAUUCAACACAUAUUUAUUCAUUCAUUCAAGCCCCUUAGCAGUGGCUGGUAAAAGGACUGGGGUGAUUGACGUUUCUUGAGAAUUGGUAGCUCUUCAGCCCUUGUUUGUGUUGUUGUUACACCAAGUUGUUUUGUGCCACAACAUUUUGACCUUGGCGAUUAUCAUCACUAUCACUAUUGUCCUUGAUAUACUGACUUUACACUGUAUAUUGUCUGUUAUUAUUGUCAAUAUUUUGUCUGUGUGUGUGAGUUUGCUCAGACCGAUGCUGUGCCUGUUUUGUUUUUAAGUGAAUAAAAUUCCCCCCAUUUUUGUACAA